AUGUCACAAACAAACAUUGAGGACAGUGCCUCGAAUUUAGCGGCGAUACUAAAUCGGUGUAAACAGUGCUGUGAACUUUGUGAUCCAUAUGAGAGACCUGCAUUGCAAUGUAUUGGUGGAUGUUCAAGAAAAAUACAUGUUCAAUGUCUAAAAGGAGGUGGUGUUCCGAGCACAUUCGUGGGAGAUAUUUUCUUCGAAUUGACUUGCUCAGACUGCGAACCUUUCGGGAAUGAAGUUUUACGCAGAGAAAAGAUGUCUUGGUCGCAAAUACUGAUAUUGACGUUAUACAAUUUGAGAGAAAAGUCUAGUGGAAUCAGUAAAAGAGGAUAUUUCCAUUGGAAAUCUGAUAUCAGUGCAUUUGUUGAUCGCAACUGGGAACUCUUGUGCAGAAAAGUCAAGAGACAAAGCAAGAAUUGGGUGGGCACGAUUUCCGGUACCUUGUCACACCACACUGGUAUUUUCUUCACUUCUGGGUUAGCUGAAUUGGGAGAAGCAGGAUGGUGGAAACUCGUCAAUAAUGAUCCUCCUGAAGUUCUUUUUAUUCAAAAUAGUGGAAUUUUAAAUGAAAAACUGGAAUUUUCAGUAAAAAAAUUUCAAAACAAAAAGUACCCUUUGUCACCUACAUUUUAUACCCAUAGGGACUGUGUGGCCUGUACUUUAAAAGAUUUUUUGUUUGGAAAAAAUCUUGUAAUUUUUAGUUUAACACACGCUAGAAAUUCUGAUUUUGGAUAUCGACCAACAGAUAUGGACAUGCUAGAUACUGAAGAUGGUAUCGAAAUGGACAGUUCUCGCGAAACUCCCUCUUUGGCUGAUAUUAUAAGAGACUUUCAAAAUCAGCAUUACCAAACCGAUCAGUACAGCAGAUUUGAAUCCGUGGAUGAUUUUCUGCCGAAAGAACCGAAGGAACCACCCGGCCUCGCUGAAGAGGAUUAUGUGAUUUGUGAUGUUGAGCACAGUGAUGGAGACGAACAAUCACCAGAAGACAGUUGCGACAGUCAGAGUUCUCCUCAAGAACAAGUGGCACCCUCCCUUUUCACAAUUUCGAAAGCGCGCGACUGGCCCUGGGAAAAAAGUGGCAAUUCUCCCGAGACAAGGCCAAGAAUCAGCGAACGUGAGGAGGCCUAUUUACUUCAGAAGAUAAACAAACGGAAAUUGGAUUCAGCUCCGGCCUCAGUCAGACGACUCUACAGAAAAUUGUGUGUGAGAAAAUUAAAGAGGGAGUACAGUUUGCGGAUUCUUGAUGUCGAUCAGUUUGGAAUAAAAUCGGCCUGUCCGAAAAUUUCGAAAAGGGGGAACAGAGUUUUGGACCGAUUUGUCAGUGAUUCGAAGACCGGAGUUUUUGAACAGAGACUGCAGGGACAUAUUGAACCAAUAUCGGUGCACAGUCCCUACACGAAUAGGCUUUUAAAACCAUUUAUCAGAAGGGAUACGUCUUCUCGGCCUUUGUGGCUGAAAUUAAUGGACGAACUUUCCGCCAAAGUUAACAGAAAUAAUCCAAAUUGGAAGCCACGGCCAAGAGCGCCCAUUGAUUAUUCGUAUAUCCGACCUCAGCAUAUUCCUGCGCUCAACAGUCUCUGCAACCAAUUCUUCUGGCCUGGAAUCGAUUUAUCGGAAUGCCUGCAGUAUCCAGAUUUUAGCUGUGUAGUUUUGUACAAAAAAUUGGUAAUUGGUUUUGCAAUUUUGGUACCCGAUGUGGGAUAUAAUCAAGCGUACGUAUCAUUUUUUUUCACGCGUCCAGAGUGGCGAAAAUCCGGAAUUGGUACCUUUAUGCUUUAUCAUCUGAUUCAAACCUGUAUGGGCAAAGAUGUGACAUUACAUGUUUCUGUCACAAAUCCCGCCCUGAUUUUGUACCAAAAAUUUGGAUUCAAAGUCGAAGAAUUUAUCCAAGACUUUUACGACAAAUACAUGGCACCUGAUUCUCGAGAAUGUAAACAUGCCUUGUUUCUAAGACUGAGUCGCUGAUUGGAUGUCCUCAAUUCAAGUCCUGAUUGGAUCCUUCAAGAAGCGAAA